AGGACGCCAGACGAACUCAACUUCAGGAGGACUUUAGUCCAUGAAAAAUGUCUCUUUUCUUCCUGGCACUUCAUGCCUUGGCCGUCCUGCUGGUGGUCCUGCUGGUGGCCUUGCUGGGCUUCUGUGUCUACCUUAAAUAUGUACACAUGAAGUAUGACCACAUACCUGGACCACCGCGGGAAAGUUUUUUCUUCGGACAUGUCCCGGCUUUGUCCAGGAUCAUCGCAAAGGAUGGAAAUGCGCACGACCUGUUUCUGGAAUGGACAGAAGCUUAUGGAUCCGUGUACAGGAUCAACAUGUUGCACCAUGUACGUGUGUACACCACCAGCCCGGAGGCCACCAAGGAAAUCCUGAUGUCCCCGAAGUAUCCAAAAGACCACUUCCUCUACGGACGAAUGUUCAGCCUGUUUGGUCAAAGGUUCGUAGGCAAUGGGCUGGUACCGGUCAGAGACGACAAACUGUGGUAUAAACAACGACGCAUCAUAGACCCCCCCUUCAGCAGCCUGUAUCUGUGCAGCAUGAUGGGGACGUUCAACGAGCGAGCAGAGGUGCUGAGCACCAAACUGUCAGAUAUCGCUGACAGAAAAGGGGAGGCCGCCUUGCUGCCGAUGAUGAACUCCGUCACCUUAGACGUCAUCGCCAAGGUUGCCUUCAACAUGGAUUUUGAGCAGAAGAACACGUCGUUCUUCCCCAAGGCCAUCGAGACGUGUCUGAAAGGGACGCUGAUCAGCAUGCGCUCCAUCUUCUUUCAGCUGUACCCCAAGAACUGGGCCUUUGUCAAGGAGGUGAGGGAGGCGGCCAAGCUGCUGCGCUCCACCGGCGCCCAGUGGAUCCACAACAGGAAGGUGGCCAUCGAGAGCGGCGCCGACGUGCCCAAAGACAUCCUCACGCAAAUCAUCAAGGCGGCCAGCAAAGAGGAAAGCAUGACCAAAGAGGACCAAGAGGUCAUGCUGGACAAUUUUGUCACCUUCUUCAUCGCCGGACAGGAAACCACGGCCAACCAGCUGGCUUUCUGCAUCAUGGAGCUCGCUAGACAUCCUGACAUCCUGGACAAAGCCAAGAAGGAGGUGGACGACGUCAUUGGGAUGAAACGUGACAUCGGCUACGACGAUCUGGGCAAGCUAGUUUACCUUUCGCAGGUUCUUAAAGAGACUUUAAGGUUGUACCCAACAGCUCCAGGCACAGUCCGCCAUCUCCCCAACGACGUCAUCAUCGAUGGCGUCCACGUACCAGCAGGCGCCGGCGUCGUUUUCAGCUCCUACAUAUGCGGCAGAAUGGCCAAGUUCUUCAAGGACCCGCUGGAAUUUAACCCCGAGCGCUUUCACCCCGAUGCUCCCAAGCCUUAUUACUGCUACUUCCCCUUCUCCCUGGGCCCGCGAUCCUGCAUCGGAAAGAACCUGGCUGAGAUGGAGGCCAAAGUGGUGAUGGCCAAGAUCCUGCAGAGGUUUGACUUCACCCUGACGCCCGACCAGAGCUUUGACAUCCUGGACGUGGGCACCCUGAGGCCCAAGGGCGGGGUGGUGUGCUCCAUCAGACACAGGAAGGACAGAGCGUGAAUCCAGCAGGAGGCGGGGAGACCAAGGAAGAUGCAAGGAAAUUAAUGAUUUAUUCCAGAUUACGCUAUUGGGGAGGGUGGUUGCAAUUAGCAUAGUCGGAUUAGAAUUUAAAGAGUCAAGAGAAUAUAGAAAACAAUAUAGUCAUGUGAUUUACAUUGGAGGAGUUGUUUGCCUGUAACAAUCCUUUAAAUAAUACAUCUAAAGAAUUAAAUCGAUUUUUUUGUCUCAUAUUUGAGUCCCCCCCAUUUUGUUGCUCCACCUGCUUCUGCUACUGCACUCAAGGGGGCGCUGCAACUGCAUCAACUGUCCGCUACUUUCAUAAUAAGGACUCUAAAAGUACUAAUAAAGGUGUUAUAUAUUGUAACAAAUAAGUAUAGAGGUUAUUCUAUGUCACAUUAUCAGCAAUAUGUGUGACGUCUCUCCCUAAUUCAAUUAGCAUUACUAGGAAUAACACAUCAUGUACUUACUGUCUUAUUUGCAUAAAAUAACAUAUUUACUUUUGGCCUUUAUUAUCCUCAUGUUCGUGUUUAUUCCCAUGAAGCUAUGAGUCCAUGAGUCCUUGGACAGAAAGACAACAUGAGAAUAUCACAAUGAAGUAGUUACAAAGGCGAUGCAAAACCUAAUAUUGUGUCUCCUCCAAUGACACAGGAAGAGUAAGACUAAGUAAGACUAUUUGAACAGAUUGAUCGUAACAGAGACUCAAUGGAUCAAAGUCAUCUGGCUUUGUAAUAAAAUAGUAUACACUUUAAAGUCGUACUAUUACAAUUUCUUUUAUCAUCGUGUAUGUUUUUACAGUGCAAAGUGCUGCUCGGCCGUGUUAUAUGUACACUUGUCAAUCAUAUGCUUUUAAGACACCAAAUCU